AUGACAGACCAACAAGAUGCAGACGAGUUCGCAAGACAUAUUUUCGCCGGUAUUGAGUCUAGCUAUGAUCGUUCUACCCCUCAAGGAGCAGCACGUGGACAUGAAUAUGACUCGCUCUUCUCCGUCAGACAGCGAGAAGUCCACACCUGCGGCCAAUGUCACGACAAUCUGGUUGAUAAAGUCGAGGAACUAGCGCAAGGACUCAUCGUUUACCCAAAGGCUGACGCCGACAAUGACACGGUCCAAGAUGCUAUUACACGAUCCCUGAACGAAUCACGUGAACAUAAGUGUAAGAUGUGCAAGAAGGCAAAGGUGAAUCUAGACACCAGGUGUUCAAUUGUAGCUGCACCGGAAUAUCUCCGUAUUUACCUCAGCCCUUACACCGUCGUCAAAAGUUACGGCAAGGACGAGAACGGCAACCAUGCAUCGGACACGAGUGUGACCAAAAAUACCAGACACAUCGAGAUACCCGAUAUUCUUGAUAUAACACAACAUAUGAACUAUCCAGAAGCAAUCGAGAAUCCUGACCCAGUACACUAUAAGCUUGUUUCUGCUACAUAUCAUCGGGGGCAAGAGCUCACCUCGGGUCACUACACAGCAGCUGUUACCGGUCCGACGCUCCAAGGUCGCCGAACGCGACCACAAUUUUUCUGCAACGACGCGGCUAUCACCAGUCUGACUCCGACUGCCGCUCGGCCGAACGCCAUUACGGGGAAUCCCAUGGAAGGCGACUUCGAUGCUAUUGCUCUCUACUAUGAGAGAAUUGCGCCUACGAAGAAUCCUGUCGACUUAGUUAAAAAGCUGAAGACGGCGGAUCAGAUUAUAAGAGAUCAGAUUGUUCUAGACGGGGCGGGAGCCAGGAGACGUAGCUCUGGUAAAUCUGGAGAAAAGGCAUAA